CCUCCAAAAUGAGUCCGAAGAAAACCAAAGGAAGAAAAAAAAUUAACUUGAAAAAAAAAGUUGAGAAAUACCAAGACCGAAUGGUAACAUACUCGAGACGCCAAAAAGGGACCAACACUAAGCUCAGCGAGCUUUCCCUUCUAUGUGGCGCUGAUGUCGGGUUUCUUGUAAUUUCCUGCACCGGGAAACCGUACACAUUCGGCAACCCUUCCUUUGAAGCUGUUGCGAAACGGUUUCUCAAUGGUGAGGGAUCCUCAUUGUUACAACAAGAUGCUCAGCAUAAAAUGAAGAUGGAAGAACUCUACAAAGUCUACAACAGUCUUGUAGAGAAGAUUGCUGCAGAGGAAAAGAAAUUAAUGAUGGCGAAGGCGGAGGCAUUACCGUUCGAGAGCAACGCAUGGUGGAAAAUUGAUCCGGCAAAGGUAAAAGAAGAGAAAGUCGCAAAGCAGUUGCUUGAGAAGUAUGAAGAGCUUUAUGAGAAACUGCAUAAGGAGAUUGCUGCAAGGAACCAUGGAGGAGGUGUACCGUAGAUUUGAAUUGUGGAUCAUUUGUUCCAUUCGUGAUCCCUAAAAGUUAUGUAUUUUUAAAGAAUAAUUACCACAUUGGUGAAAUCCACCGGAAUAAAAGAAAUUAUGUUUUUAUAUAUAUAAACUAUGAAUAUUUAAUGUGUUUUUAGACCUUUUAUUCCUAAAACAAUCAGUUGCAUGGAAGAGUUCAUUAGUAACAAUGUCUUCAAUUUUCUGAAUACCAGAUUUGUUGAUGUGUUUCGUUAAAAAUUCUAUUUAAAAGUCCAACGAAACCUCAAGAAACAAUGUCACCAAAGAGGUAGUGGCUUAGUGGUAAAAGAUGGUUAGUUUCCUUGUGCACCAGUUCAAACUCUCCUUAGCACGGAGGCAUAUUUUGAAAAUCGAAAUAUUCAAAAACUAAUGUAUAUUAAUGAGCUAAAGGUAUAUAUAGGCACUU